AUGGCCGGUCUGGAUUUAGGCACAACCCCUCGUUUCAUCCACCAUCAGCUCGACCAUCACACACCUGAUCUCCAUCUCCACAACCCCUCCUCCGUAGAAGGAGGUCCCCACCAGCACCACUAUCUUCACGAUUUGAAUCGCGCUGGUGGUGGUGGUGGCGGAGACUACGGACUAGUUUUACAGGGUGGUGGUGGUGGUGCUGGUCUGUCGUUUCUAGCUGGAGCAGACCAGCACCAACACCAACAGACUCGUCAGGACGAGGAUGAGGACGACGACGAGCCUCGACAAGGAAGCCAUGGUGGCGUCGUGGCGAGGAGGCCACGUGGCAGGCCGCCGGGGUCGAAGAACAAGCCGAAGCCGCCCGUGAUCAUAACGAGGGAGAGCGCCAACACGCUCCGGGCCCACAUCCUCGAAGUCGCCAGCGGGUGCGACGUGUUCGAGUGCGUGGCGAGCUACGCGCGGCGGCGGCAGCGCGGGAUCUGCGUGCUGAGCGGCGCGGGGACGGUGACAAACGUCAGCAUCCGUCAGCCGGCCGGAGCAGCGGCGGCGGGGGUCGGGAAGCUUCACGGGACGUUCGAGAUCCUGUCGCUGUCCGGGUCGUUCCUCCCGCCGCCGGCGCCGCCCGGGGCGACCAGCCUGACGAUCUUUCUGGCCGGAGGGCAGGGGCAGGUGGUUGGCGGGACGGUGGUCGGCGAGCUGAUUGCGGCUGGGCCGGUUAUCGUUAUAGCUUCGUCUUUCACCAACGUGGCGUACGAGCGGCUGCCGCUGGAGGAGGAAGAGGAGGACGGCGGUGGAGCCGGGAGCGUUAAUCACGGCGGGUUUCCUGAUGGCGGAGCUGCUGCUGCAGCGGCGGCGGCGGGGUUGCCGUUCCUUAACUUGCCGGUGGAAGGAUGGAACGGUGGAGGAAGAGCUCCUCCCUAUUGA